ACCGGAUGCGCGGCACUCAGUCGAAGUUUGACGACUUCUGUCAGGUGUAAAUGUUUGUUUACAAAAACAGCAAAAAAUGUCAACUAGGACCAUACAGUUAUUUGUUCAAAUUGAAAAUAAAACUGUUCAAAUUAGUGCUGAGGAAAGUUGGUCAAUAUUGCAGCUGAAACAACAUUUGUAUCUCUACUCAAAUACUCCAACUGAAGAUCUUCGCGUUAUAUUUGCGGGAACUGAACUAGCCAAUUCAGUUUUAUUGAAAAACUGUCAUUUUGCAUGUGGGACAACUGUUCAUGCAAUUGUUGUAAAAUCAAAAGGUAAUUCUUUUGCUCCUGUGGUCCCAACAAAUUUCAUAGGGCCAACACCACAAGGAAUAGCUACAAAUCAUAAUGACCAAAUAGAUGAAACAAAACGAUCAAGAUUUUAUUUGUUUUGUAAAAAUUGCAAUGCUGUAAAAAUUGGAAAAUUGCGUGUUCGUUGCAAAAAAUGUAAAGAUGAAGCUUUCGAAUUGUCAAAGGGUCCUGAUUCUUGGAUUGACAUUCUGACUGUUAAUCGAAUUACUGGAUUAUGUAAUUCACAAAAUGAUUGUGAUGGAAAUAUUGCAGAGUUUUAUUUUAAAUGUGAAAACCAUGAGAGAAGUUUAAAUGACUCUGAAAAUGUAAUUGCUCUUCCGUUAUUACGUACAAAUACACAAAGUGUGCCAUGCCUAGCAUGUACUGAUAUAAGUGGCGUAGUGCUUGUAUUUCCAUGUGAAGAAAAACAUGUUAUCUGUAUUGAUUGUUUUUCAUUGUACUGUGAAACAAGCUUAAACACAAGACAUUUUAUAUUAAAAGAAAAUAUUGGCUACACUCUUCCUUGUCCUGGAUUUGAAGAGGCAUGCAAUAAAUGUUUUAUUGAAGAAAUUCAUCACUUUAUAAUUGCUGGCAAAACCCAAUACGAACGGUACAAGAAUUUUGCAGCAGAAGAUUUUGUUCUUCAAAAUGGUGGUUUACUUUGUCCUGGAAAGGACUGUGGCAAUGGUAUUUUUUUGGAGCAUGACCAAAGAAAAAUUGUUUGUUUUAAGUCAAGAGGUGGUUGUGGGUUUGCCUUUUGUCGGAAUUGUCUUCUUGCAUACCAUGAUGGUGAAUGUAUAAGUUCGAUUGAUAAUCUAACCACGAAGAGUUGUUAUACUUACGAAAUCAGUCAGGCUAAUGCAAUGCACGCAAAAUGGAGAGACGAAGCUAAGUGUCGGGAUACAAUAGCUCAAACUACAAAACCAUGCCCUCGCUGUCGUUCUAGGACAGAGAAAAGUGGUGGCUGCAAUCAUAUGCAAUGUGCACGUUGUAAUUUACAAUGGUGUUGGUUAUGUUUAGUUGAGUGGGGAAGAAACUGCGAAUCUGAUCACUGGUUUAGAGCGAGUUGAUUUUUAAGGUGGUGCUGAUCACUGGAUUAUAGUGCAAAAUUAAUUUGUCAGAUUCAAGUGUUUUUAUAAUAUUUUCUAUAAUUCAUAUAUAUUUCUUAUUA